UGCCUGAAGCGCAAGAAGAAAGCUCAUUAACCACCCCACCAAGGCGUGCAAGACAGCGCAGACCUUCCCCAAACCAUAACCCCCCCGCCGCCGCCGCCGCCGCCGCGAGCACCAUGGAGGACGUCGUCACCGACGCGCCGCCGCCGUCCCGCUUCUCCCCCGAAGACCUCAACAACUUCGCCGUUCCCCCUGUUCUGCCCACCCCCAUUCUCGUCGUAUCCCCCAACCCUAACCCACCCACCCCGCGCCUCCUCAUCGUCCUCAUCUCCCCCACCUCCCUCGCCCUCCUCUCCCACCUCCCCUCCCCGCCCCCGCUCCACGCCUCCCUCCUCCUCCCCGACCUCCCGCUGCAGUCCCACACACCCAUUCGCGUCUACCUCCACCCCUCCGGCGCCCUCCUCGCCGCCGAGCACAGCGCCGUCCCCGCCCACCGCGCGCGCGCCGCCGCGAGGGCCCUCGUCUCCACGCUCCAGCCGGAGGAGGUGCUGGUCCUGGACGCGGUUCGGAGCGGGGCGUACAGGGGCAGGCUCGCAGCGGACGAGCCCGUGGAGGGGAAGCUGGAGACCCGUGCGGCGCGGCGCCAGGGGGGCGUGGGCGCGGCUAGAGGCGUGGCGGCGCUGGCCCCGCCCGGGAGCGUGGUGGACGGGCUCGGCGCGGCGGUGGUGGCGGAGUGCGAGAUCCGGGGGAAGGCGGCCAGCAUGGUGGUGACGUGGCCGGCGGGCGCGAGGCCCGCGGAGUUCGGGGUCAUGCGUCGCGUCGCGGUGGAGCUCGGCGUCGACCCCGUGAAGGCCGCCGCCAGGGUCUCCGGCCGGGCCGUGCUGGAUGCGCUGUAUACCUGAGAUGCUCUCUGUGCUCUGCUUCUGAUUUCGUUCGUAGGCUGUGCUGUUGAGUUGUCUCGCGAGUUGCGUUCAGACAAUCUGGAGAUAAGUCUGAGAUGUAUCAGACAGAAUUCUGAAGAGCAGUUUCUGUAUUUGGGUUGAUUUGAUAUAUGAAUUUUCGAAAUGCAGUUUAACAAA